CCGGUGAAUUCGUUCAUUGACGACGCGACAUACAUGCCAUUCACCUGAAUAUCUUCAAGUCGGUUGGGUUGCUCGUUCUUUCACCGGUGACACUUUGUCCUUUCAACAGUCUGCCAGUUUUUUCGAAUAAGCAAGCAAACAAACGCGCUGGCUCGACCCCUGGCCUUCAUCAACUUGCUUAAGGGUUGACCAGCGACAACACAAUGAAGGUCUCAACUUCUUCUCUCCUGCUGGCGGCCAGCACCCUACUAGGCACAGCGCUCUCACACAAUAUUCAACUUGCCGCACAUGGCCGAGAAUGCUUUCACGAAAUGCUUCACAAGGAUGAUAAGAUGACGGUUACAUUCCAAGUUGGUGACAGAGAAUUUGGUAGUGCAGGCAACUUACAUGUCGACUUUUGGAUCCAGAACCCCUCAGGAGGCUACGAGACACACGAAAGAUCUGUUUCGAAUGGAGAUCAUUCCUUCACUGCUCAGCACGAUGGAAAGUUCGUAUACUGCUUCAGCAAUGAGCACUGGUCAGCAUCAAGCAAGGAUGUGUCAUUCAAUGUCCACGGCAUUGUCUACGUUCCAGAAGCCGAGGCUCCAUCAGAUCCUCUAGAGGCAGAAGUACGCCAAUUAUCCGAACUUCUUGCCCAAGUCAAGGAUGAGCAAUCUUAUAUCGUUGUCCGUGAACGAACCCACCGAAAUACUGCUGAAAGCACGAAUGCCCGAGUGAAGUGGUGGAGCAUUUUCCAGAUGGGCGUCCUGGCUGCCGAAGGUGUCUUCCAAGUCUGGUGGUUGAAGCGGUUCUUCGAGGUCAAGCGGGUUGUAUAGAAGGAAAUGCCAUACCCUGGCAUGUCAUAAUAAUGCGGCGCAAACAGCAUAAGGGAGCGACAGAUUUGGGAGUUGAUAUUAUGUACCACCAGUUUCGGAAGACAUCUGGGAUUUGCUUGUACUAUACCUACCACAAAAGCAACUUCCGUUUUCCGAAGAGUUCGAUCCAUCCUUAGGCAUUUCUCUGCCCAUAGAGCGAGAACUCAAAUACUUGCUGUGUCAUGGGUGUCCUGUUGAAAUACCAAUGUUUCUUUCCUCCUUAUUUUGCGAAAUCCAAAUACAUAUGUAUCCUCUCUGUCGAAUGUAUCCGGCAAACACAGAUUGUAUUGCAACUAUUCCCG